AUGCGCGGAGGAAGUAUCAGAGAGCUGUGUAACAUUGAGAAUGGAAAGAAUCCAAACGUCAUCGAGGAGGAAGAAAAUUGCGAAAGAAUGCGAGCUGGUGGAGAUGGAGUGAAUUGUGGAUGCUGUUCUAUGACUUCUGAGGUUUAUGUCAUUGUUGGAUCGGCGAUCAUUCUCGCAUUAGGAAUUUUGAUGGUCCUUGGUAAUCGCAACUCAUGGUACCUCCUUGUCGUUGCGAUUAUCAUACUUGUGCUAGCAAUAAUUGGCUUUAUGACUAAGAACUCACUUGUGUAUCUUAUUCUGGCUAUCAUUGUGAUUGUUCUUGCUAUACUUGCAAUUAUUUCCACAAUUCUAUACAUUAUGAACAACAGACUGAGUCUAUUUGUGAUCAUCAUGAUAGUGUUGAACAUCCUUUCUAUUAUCUUUCUGGUGCAUUUGGCUUAUGUCGCAUUUUCAUGUCGAGGCUGA